AUGUCCAGCAUCCUACUGGGAGAAGAACAGGGAGACAAGGUCAGGGCGUGGAGAGAACUGUUACACCUGUUCGAACUGUCGUCUGGGGACACACAACAUGGCACUGCAACGAAUCACGAUGCCCUUGGCGUUCCACUUGCGACCAUCAUGAGAUGUCAGCACUUGUCAUCCAAUCCUACCAGUGCUCGUCGUAGGCGACGCCAUUGGGGCACCGCCCACAUCUUGAUCAGGGACAAGAUCAUUCAGCUUUCGAGCGCCAGUUGCAUAUUCGCGGAUUCGAAUGCACUGUGGGAUGCAUUCACAGACAUCGCGUGCAAUGCCAUGCAGCAUGCGGAUACCCUCUCGCGAUCAAGUCAUCCCACUAUUCCGCCCGCUGUCAUGAGUCACAACCCAAACGGGAAAGUGUAUGAAGCGCUGUGGCCGAGGUCUGUUCAGGAAUCUACCACGGCACCGUACACGCGCGACGACAAGAUGCAACACUCACUCGAAGAGGUCAGGAGGUUUUCCACGAGCAGCGACGAUGAUACAAUCGCCGCUCGUGCAUGCAUCGAACACGUCCUCAACUGA